CAUACGUGCCAGUCUCUGCUUCCAACGUGCCGAUUAUGCACGUAUUUUGAUUUGUGCUCUCUCUUCAUCAAACACGUUAAGUACUUGACAACUGUCAUGCUCCGGUGAACGUUUCGAUCUUGCUACGAGUACUAAUAACAAACAUUAGUACACAAUCAAUCGGCCACUACAUCUGUCUUCUCAGGCUAUCAUUUCAAGCCAUCAGGUUUAUAGAGCGAUGUCUAUAAUGUCAGAGGAAGCUGUCAUUCGAUGCGAAUGGACAAUCAACGAACGACCGGAAAGAGGCGCUAUCUGGAUGUCGAAUUUGGUGCCUUUUCACGCGGACAAUUGUUUCCGUUUCGGGCUGAAACAAUCCACAAUGACGCUGUACUUUAUCAACGUUUACCCAUGCAAAUCGGGAUUCAAAAUAUCGCACGUCUACCUCAUCGCUCCCGGUGUCAACGGCGAAGAGAUGACGUUGAGAACCGAACCCAACGAGCCGGCCAUUCAAAUGUUCACGUUCGUCCUCGAGGGCUAUUCCCACACCGACGUCCUGACGUCGUACAAUUUCUACAUCCACGUCGUCAAGACGAUCGAUGAUUACAGUUACCAGCCAGUAGACAUUCGAAUGGGUGGCGAGUAUUGGGCAGCAGCCAAAGAGAAGCAGUUCACCGAUUUCGAGUUCCUCGUCGGAGAUCGUGUCUUCCCAGCUCACAAAGGUAUCGUAGCUGCCCGGAGUCCAGUCUUUGCUGCCAUGUUUAAGGCAGAUAUGAUGGAAUCCCGGACACAACAGGUCGUCAUCGAAGACAUUGAAUCGUCCAUCUUCGAAGAGUUCCUCUAUUUCCUCUACACGGGGCAAUUGAGGCGAUCGGCAGCCGACGUAAAAUUGUUGAUGGCAGCCGACAAGUAUCACGUCGAUACUUUAAAAAGCCUGUGCGUCAUGGCAACAGCAAAGGAUUUGGAUGCUGAUCAUUUGUCAGCACUAGUCAUGAAAAUUGAAUAAAAGCGAAAACAAUUUCCGCAGAGGACCGCAUCAAAUUGUUUGUGAACGAUCGUUAUCAUCUUCCUGCCAGAGAGAUCUAUGUAAGUGUUA